AUGGGAGAAGGGUCACCACCAGAGCAGCAUAAUAUGCCACCAAACUACGCAGACGAUGCAUGGAUGAUAAUGGUGACUACAAACCAUGCACCGUCAGCCAAACACCAUAACGUCUUCUACGACUCAAUCAUUCGUGGAAAAGAGCGAACUUAUGUCGCAGGAGGUGGCGAGUUCUAUGGAGGAGGUGGCGCUGAUGGCUGCCAAUGUGCUGCAAAAGCAGCAUCAUGCCCUUCAGGACCACCUGGACCUCCUGGAUAUGCGGGAAUACCUGGAGAGGACGGUAGCCCUGGACUACCUGGACAACCGGGUAUCCCUGGUGAGGCCGCUCCUCAAGCCCAUGAGGCAGGAUGCAUCCAAUGCCCAGCUGGGCCUCCUGGUCCACAAGGACCGGAUGGAGCGCCUGGUCCAGCGGGAGUUCCAGGACUUCCCGGAGAAGAUGGGCUGGAAAACUCAGGCGGUUUCGCCGGGCCUCCUGGGCCUCCAGGACUGCCUGGUCGCAGCGGGAACCCCGGCAUACCAGGACAAGAUGGAUCACCUGGAGCACCAGGGACUCGAACAAUUAACCAUCCAGGGCCAGAAGGCCCCCCGGGGCCACAGGGAGCUCCUGGUUUUGAUGGUCAGGAUGGCAUCAGUAAUGGAAAUGGUUCACCAGGACCAGCAGGACCACCUGGUCGACCUGGCAAUGCUGGAGUUCCAGGAAGGCCAGGAGCUCCUGGUCAACCCGGUUAUGGUGGAAGACCAGGAUCGGACGCCUCUUAUUGCCCAUGCCCAGCAAGGAAAGCUGCUCGAUUCUGGACAGAGGACGAUGAACCUGAAAGUGUUGCCAGAAGACGUCGCGUCAGAGUGCGGAAAAUCAAGAAAUCAAAGCGUAAUCUGCCUAACAAACCGCUACAGUGA